AUGUACCGCAACCUGGAUUGUGCUGAGCCAGGAGUUCGGUCUGCCAGACUCUCGUGGAUUGCUCUCGCCACUGUUGCUGCAGUCCCGGCUUUGCUUCUUUCCUACGCGCUCGUCCUGAUAUGCAGGAGCGCGUCCGAUGUCGGAUUUGCAAGUGCAGCGCCCAAGAACUCAGUGCAAGAGUUUGCGUAUUGGCAGGACUGGAGCACUGAGACGGAGCAGGCCAAAACCCUGCAGGAGGCCUUGCAGAUGGAGCGUCGAGCAUGGGAAAUGACACGGCAGGAUACUUGCAGCUGGGAGGCUGGAGAUCCGCCUGCGCAGCCUCGCCGGCCGGGGUGGGGCAUCGGCUCCCAGAGAUCCGAGAGGUGUCGGGAGAAUGGCGAGCCCACAGACAGGCUGGCCAGCGCUUGCUGGAAGCAAUGGGUUCAACGCGAGGCCUGCCCCAGAUCCCUCUCGAGGCGGCAGAAUGAGAGCUGUGGGCUGACCUGGCAUGCAGCCUACGACAGAGUGCUUCAGAAGCUCGGCGGGACACUGGACGACUCUUCGGCACCCCUAAGUGACGCAAGUCUUUGCGAUGAUGUGAGGCUAGGAAGACCGAGAUCCUGGACAAAGGAACAGGAACAGAAGUCGCUAGCCUGGUUUCACAGGAAUGUGGAGAUUUACGUCUUGGAAAUGCCUGGCUUGGUGCUUGACAGCGCCCAUGAGACCCUCGCCAGCCUGAGCUCGCAGGGGCUUCGCGCCGCACCCGUUGCAGGCUAUGACCUGAACAUGGACCUGGAUAUGCAGGCGGCCAUCGCGGAUGGAUCCUUGCCAGCAGACUUCGACCUUACGGCUUUCAAGCAGCAGGUGUAUGCGCUGAGCUUGGCUGCAAGUCACUUCCACAUCCAGAACUUGGCCCGAAGAGCUGUGCCACCCAAGCCAAUCACAUUGGUUCUGGAGGAUGGAGUCGCGCUUGCCGAAGACUUCCGACACAAAGUUUGGUCGCUGAUCCAAGAGGAGACUCCAUGCGACUGGAACGUCCUCUCUCUGUCCUCCGGCUGCCCUGUGGGGCGCUGCACGUCACCGCACUUGGCCCGCAUCGAUCCAAAUCUCGGCCUCUCGAUGUUGGAGCGUUGUCAAGAAGCCACAAGCAGAGGCUUUCGAGGCAUCCUGUAUCGCACGGGAACACUAGCUGAUUUUCAGACCAGAUGGAUGCAGGUGGCUUUUGACCCCGGGCAUCCAGACUGCCCGGUGCUAGCAUCCAUCAGCAUUGUGCAUCAUUGCGUGUCCUUGCGCAUGAAGAGUCGGCGGGAAGCCCGGCCCAAGCUCCCCUUGCUGGGCCCUGAAUUCGUGCAGUUCAUGGGUGAUGGCCAAUCUGAGGUGGACAUCUGGUCCAUGGGUUGCAUUUUCACGGAAAUCAACGGCGGACCACUCCCGUACGAGGGCAUCAACACGCUGGCGGAGCUCACAAGAGCGAUGUUGGUGAACAGGAGGACCCCAGUGAUUCCUCCCUCGAUCCCGGCAGUGCUUCUGGCGGUCAUCUCAGCCUGCUACCAGUUCGAUGGCCGCCUUCGUCCUUCAGCAAAACAGGUCUACGACCGGCUACGCGAAGCAAAGAAGCAGCUCAAGGAAGAUGGCUUGCUUGAGUCAAUGCCCAAUAGUUGA